AUGAUGAAAGGUGUUGAAUACUGGGAGGAGGAAGUUCAAAACAAAUCAUGGCAAACGACCAAACCAGUGCAUCCACAAAAAACCUUGUCACUACCAAACUUACCCAGUGAUAUCGUACACAUUAUCUUUUCGCAUCUUACUACACUGGAUUUGAAGAACUUGUCUGUAUUGAGUAAACAGUUUCGACAUUUGUUGGUUCCAUUUUUACUUUCGCAAGUGAAAACAGUAUGGUACAAAUUGGUUGAGGAAAGCGAGGGACAGACUCGAUUUUUAAAACAAUUCAAAUAUGUGAUUACUCAACUACGAAUAGCUGAUGCUUUUUCGUAUGGGGAAUGGCAAGUGGACAUUUUUCAAGAUGCACUUUACCAAUUGCCGAGACUACAGCACUUGUCAAUCAAUACCGCUAAUUCAUCCGGUUGGCUUCGAUAUAGAUCCAACGAUACAAUCACCCAAUUGACACUAUACACCGACCCCACAGUAAAAGAUACCCAAGCGAGAUUACAGCCAAAUAGCAAAGGCAUAGUAACGCGGGAGCCAUCUAUCAACUCAAUAAAAAUGUUUAACAUUGAACAUUUGGCAAAUUUCAAAAUGGUUCAAAAGUUGGAACUUGGAGGAUAUCACUUGUCCUGGGACCCGCAACUGAUUGUAGUUCCCGUGUUGACCCUAAAGUCCUUAACAUUAGUUGAUUGUUACUGGGACUACCCAUUCCAGCUUAAGAAUUUCAACUACAACAACACAUUAACCCAUCUAGGCCUCCGUUUCAAAGGUGGAUCCACAUUCUUAUACUCGGAACGAUUCCGAGACUUUAUCUUCAAUAUUGGCCAGGAUAAAGGGCUUGAAAGCAUUGAGUCUCUUGAUCUUAUCCAUGAGGUGAAAACGGAAACCGAGCAUCAAAGCGGACAAUUAUCAGUAGAUGAGUCAUUCCUCAAACGCGUUUUAAGUGGUACUGGACUACCCAGUUUGAAGCUGUUGGUGUUAAAAGGAUGGCGGGUUAACUGUAUUUUUUACUGGCAUCGGAUGGUCGAAAUUUUACAAAGUAAACAAGAUCUUAGAGUCGUGGAGUUUGAUGUUGUGAGCAGUUUUGGUCUGGGAAUUAAUAUUGGAGUAGUUAAAGGGUGGUGUAUGGAAAUGUGUCCUUGGAUAACGGUCAAGUUGAGCCUUCGUGAGUUAGAAAAGGGAUAG